AUGCCGAUCGCCAUGAGGCUGGAGGUGGCGGCUGAGCUGGAGUGUGCGGCGCUGGGCGCACUGCUGCGGGAACCGCGGGAGGCCGAGGGCACGCUGCUGCUCGACUGCCGCCCGUUCCUGGCCUUCUGCCGGAGCCACGUGCGCGCCGCACGGCCUGUGCCCUGGAACGCGCUACUGCGGCGCCGUGCGCGCGGCACCCCCGCCGCCGCCCUCGCCUGCCUGCUGCCGGAUCGCGCGCUCCGGGCACGCCUGGGUCGCGGGGAGCUGGCCCGCGCAGUGGUGCUGGACGAAGGCAGCGCGUCUGUGGCUGAGCUCCCGCCCGAUGGCCCCGCUCACCUGUUGCUAGCCGCACUGCUGCACGAAAUGCGCGCGGAAUCCACAGCCGUGUGCUUCUUGAGAGGUGGCUUCGAACGCUUCCAGGCAUGCUGUCCGGAUCUGUGCUCCGAAGGCCCUGCCCAGGCACUAUCCCCUGUUGGGGCCGAAAAAAGCAGCUCUGACCCUAGGGCUCCCGUCUAUGACCAGGGCGGUCCUGUGGAAAUCUUGCCCUACCUGUACUUGGGCAGCUGCAGCCACUCCUCAGACCUUCAGGGGCUGCAGGCCUGCGGUAUCACAGCCGUUCUCAAUGUCUCUGCCAGCUGCCCCAACCAUUUUGAGGGUCUUCUCCGUUACAAGAGCAUUCCAGUAGAGGAUAACCAGAUGGUGGAGAUUAGUGCCUGGUUCCAGGAGGCUAUCGGUUUCAUUGACUCAGUGAAGAAUAGUGGGGGCCGGGUGUUGGUGCACUGCCAAGCUGGAAUCUCCCGCUCAGCCACCAUCUGCUUGGCAUACCUGAUUCAGAGCCACCGAGUGCGGCUGGACGAGGCCUUUGACUUUGUUAAGCAACGUCGGGGAGUCAUCUCCCCCAACUUCAGUUUCAUGGGGCAGCUGCUGCAAUUUGAGACCCAGGUGCUAUGUCACUGAGUCAAACCUGGUCUCACAGUGAUGCCUCUCUGACUCUUCGGGGAUGCAACUGUGGGCCUCUGGGCUCCUCUCUAUCCUCAAAUUGGGGUGCUUAGGAAAGCCAGGAUGAUGGCUUUUCUGAUGUGGUGCUCUUCUGCUGGGGCUUUAAGGCUGGCCCUUAUCCAGGGGACCAGGGCGGAUAGUAUAUUUGCCCUCCCUCCCCCGACUCUGGCAGAAAUGAACUGGACUCUAAACCCAUGUAUUGUAGUCCCAUAUGU